AUGAAGGUCACCACUGCAGCUGGAGCUGGGCAUUUCCUGUUGCUGUUCUUUGCCUCCAUCUCGCACUCACCCAUCUGCUCAUCUUUCGGGAACGACACAGAUCGGCUGUCGCUGCUGCAAUUCAAGAACGCGAUCACUCUCGAUCCACACCAAUCCCUCGUCUCCUGGAACGACAGCCAUCACUUCUGCAGCUGGAAAGGUGUGUCGUGCAGCUCCAAGAAUCCACCUCGGGUCACCGCCAUUGAUCUUGCAGAUCAAGGUCUCGUAGGCCAUAUCACUCCUUCACUUGGGAACCUGACAUUCCUCAGGUACCUCGACCUGUCGACGAACAGGCUCGCCGGACAGGUUCCGGCAUCCCUCGGCCGCCUGCGCCGUCUCCGGCGUCUCCACCUCAGCAACAACACGCUGCAGGGGAUCAUACCGAGCUUCGCGAACUGCUCUCACCUCAGGGAGCUAUGGCUGGACAGCAAUGAGCUCGUCGGAAGAAUCCCCGAAGACCUGCCUCUUGGCCUGGAGGAGCUGGACCUCUCGAUCAACAAUCUCUCCGGGACCAUCCCUUCCACGGCCGCCAACAUCACUGCGCUGAGGUACUUCGCCUGCGCGUUCAACGCCAUCGACGGUGGCAUCCCAGGCGAGCUCGCGGCGCUGCGCGGGACGGAGACGCUGGCCGUCGACGUCAACCGGAUGUCAGGUGGGUUCCCAGAGGCGAUCCUGAACAUGUCGGCGCUCACCGUGCUCGGCCUCGCCUCCAACCAUUUCAGCGGCGAGCUGCCGUCCGCCAUCGGCAGCUCUCUUCCAAAUCUCCAGGCGCUCGCUAUUGACAUCAACUUCUUUCAUGGAGAAAUUCCUUCUUCGUUGGCAAAUGCUUCGAACCUGAUCAAGGUCGAUCUGUCUCGAAAUAACUUCAUCGGGGUGGUUCCUGCCUCCAUUGGCAAGCCUGCCAACCUUACAUGGUUGAAUCUUGAGAUGAAUCAGCUUCAUGCUCGUAGCAAGCAAGACUGGGAGUUCAUGGACAGCUUGGCCAACUGCACUCAGCUACAAGUAUUGUCUCUAAUGGGCAAUCAGAUGGAAGGAUAUGUACCAAGCUCAUUAGGAAAUUUUUCAGUUCAGCUUCAGCGUCUUCAGUUGGGACUGAAUAAAUUAUCAGGGAAUUUCCCUUCAGGCAUUGCAAACCUCCCAAACCUGAUAAGUCUUGGACUGGAGUACAACCGGUUUACAGGUUCUGUACCAAGAUGGCUUGGAGGUCUGAAAAAAUUGCAGGUGCUAAGCUUGUAUGACAACAGUUUUACAGGGCAUGUUCCCACAUCCCUUUCUAAUCUAUCACAUUUGACAGAGCUGCUUCUGGACUCAAAUCAGUUUAUUGGAAACAUACCUUCAAGCUUUGGAAAUCUUCAGUUCCUUAGAAAUAUCAACAUUUCUAAUAACAAUCUUCAUGGUAAUUUGCCAAAGAAAAUCUUCAUGAUUCCGACGAUAUCGCAGGUUCUGUUAUCAUUCAACAAUCUCAGUGGAGAACUUCCUACAGAAGUAGGGAAUGCCAGGCAGCUCAUGUAUUUGCAGCUUUCGUCCAAUAAUCUGUCUGGAGAUAUUCCUAGUACUUUGGGUAACUGUGAAAAUCUUCAAGAUGUUGAGCUAGACCAGAAUAAUUUUACUGGAGGUAUUCCUACUUCGUUUAGCAAAUUAAUUAGCCUGAAAUUUCUCGACCUGUCACACAAUAAGUUAAGUGGAUCGAUACCAGUGUCACUUGGUGAUCUUCAGCUUCUUAAUCAGAUAGAUUUGUCAUUCAACCAUCUUACAGGUCAAGUCCCAACUAAAGGGAUCUUCAAGAAUUCAACAGCCAUGCAAAUUGAUGGAAAUAUAGGGCUUUGUGGAGGUGCCCCAGAGUUACACCUACCUGAAUGUCCUAGUACGACUUCAAAUAAAAGUAAACACAAGCUAUAUGUACAACUGAAACUAGUGAUCCCAUUAGCCAGCAUGGUGACAUUUGCCAUUGUGAUAUUGAUCUUGUUUAUGAUCUGGAAGGGAAAUCGAAGGACAAACUCAAUGUCUUUGCCUUCAUUCGGUAGAGAAAUUCCCAAAGUUUCUUAUAGGGAUCUUGCCAGAGCAACUAACGGGUUCUCAACGUCCAAUUUAAUUGGCAAAGGGAGCUACAGUUCAGUAUACCGAGGACAGCUUUUUCAAGACAUAAACGUAGUUGCUAUCAAGGUUUUCAGUCUAGAGACAAGGGGAGCACAAAAGAGCUUCAUUGCAGAGUGUAAUGCUUUGAGAAAUGUGCGGCAUCGCAAUCUAGUUCCUAUCUUAACGGCAUGCUCAAGCAUUGAUUCGAGUGGAAAUGACUUCAAAGCAUUGGUAUAUAAAUACAUGCCACGAGGAGACUUGCAUAAAUUACUGUACUCAACUCCGCGUGAUGAAAGAUCUUCAGAUCUGUGCUAUAUUUCACUGGCCCAAAGGUUAAGCAUUGCAGUUGAUGUGUCUGAUGCAUUGGCAUAUCUACACCACAGCCAUGAAGGAACAAUUGUUCAUUGUGAUCUGAAGCCUAGCAACAUUCUUUUGGAUGAUGAUAUGACAGCUCUUGUUGGAGACUUUGGACUUGCGAAGUUCAAAACUGAUUCCAGAACAUCUUUCGAUAACUCAAAUUCUGCAACAAAUGGCACCAUAGGAUAUGUUGCUCCAGAAUGUGCCACAGGUGGUCAUGUUUCCACUGCUGCAGAUGUGUACAGCUUUGGAGUUGUUCUCCUAGAGAUAUUCAUAAGGAGGCGGCCAACAGAUGACAUAUUCAAGGAUGGAUUGAGCAUUGCAAAGUAUGCAGAGAUCAACAUUCCCGAGAAGAUGCUGCAAAUUGUUGAUCCUCAGCUAGCACAGGAGUUGAGCCUCUCCCAAGAAGAUCCGGUGACUGUCGAUGGAACUGCAGCACAUUGCCUUCUUUCUGUACUGAACAUUGGACUCUGCUGCACCAAGUCAGCCCCGAAUGAGCGCAUCACCAUGCAGGAGGUGGCUGCCAGACUCCAUACAAUCAGGGAUUCAUUUCUCAGAUGAUACCAAAGCAACACUGUCAGUUUCAGUUGUUCUGCUUUGCUUGCUCCAAAAACUAUGAAUAAUCUGUAGAAGACUUUGUUGUUCAUCAUGUAGCUACCAAAUAGCCCAAUGUGCGAUGCGAUUUAAUCAAGAUGAACACUACU